AAUGAGAGAUUUGAGUCAGCAAGUCUCUGCAGGUAGUAUAUAAAGGAAGGGCAGUUCUAUAUCUUGGUGUCAAACGUGCAGUCGAGUCUUACCCAAUUGGUUGGUUUUCUCACUUUCCUCUCAAAUCUCAUAUUCUCCAAAAGACAAGAAAUUAUAAGAAAAUGAAAGCCGUGGUUUGCUUGGUUGCUGCCUUCGUGGCAGUCACACUCUCUCAGGACGCCAAGGACAAGGAAAGCGACCGGCCAACGGUGUUUCAACGUUUAAUUCCUGCCGAUGUUCUCAGAGAUUUUCCUGGCACUUGUUUUGCCUCAACACGAUGCGCCACCUUCGAGCCUGGUGCGUCCUGGGACUUGAAACCCUUUUGUGGACGAUCAACUUGCGUAGCUCAACAGGGUCGUCUCUGGGAGUUGGUUGAAGACUGUGGCCCACUUCCAAAACCAAACCCCAAGUGCAAAUUGUCCGAGAAGACCAACAAGACUGCCGACUUCCCAAUGUGCUGCCCCGUUUUCGACUGUGAAGCCGGAAUCACUCUCGAAUAUCCAGAUAUCCCAAGGGCACCUGAAGCCGGACCCGGAAGUUCUGCUGCCUCUGCCCCCGCUGGAAACCAAGCUGUCGCCGCUGCCAAACCCUAAGCAAUCAUUGAUCUAGCUGAAUAACCUCUUUCCAAUAAUAUUUAUACUACUCAACCAAACCAAAUACAAUGAAUGCUACCAAAAAGUGGACCUUUUUUACUCUCAACAAAUAUGAUGCUAGAGACGACGAAUACUUUUCUCACACACAACUGGAGUCUGUGAUCUCUUCUCAAUCGAAUGCACUUUUGCUAACUUUCUUACUCAUCCUGUUCAUCAGUAUUGCUGGUCAAUUGGACUCACUAUUUCGAUUGGAGACACAAUUUUCAACUAUUAUUUCAUUAUUUUCUCUAUCUCUCAUAUCUUUUCCUCAUAGUCAACUUAUAAGUCUAACAAGUCUCCCCAGAAGUUGAGAUGGUACGUAUUUCCACCUCUUUUCUCUCUCUUGUUGCUAUUGUGCAACUUAACCUUGUCAUUUUUUAAGUCACUGUGAGAGUUAUAAGAUGUUAAGUGGUUAUGAAACGUUCCUUUAAUUAUGCACGUGUGAUGAUAUAAGUAAUAAAAAUAGUAUGCAUUCACGAGUGCACAAAAACAAU